AUAUUAAUAAGAAUCAAUCGACAGCAAUCACUUAAUUCCGAAGAUCGGAUUCAAUUCCUUGUUCUUUAAGUGUUAUUGGAUCGUAAUUCGUUGCAUAUACAUAUAGCUUGAGGGGGGAAACCCCUGAUCCGUGAAAAAAAGGAAAAUUAUUCGAGUUCUAGGGUUUUCUAUCACCGAAUAUGGCGCAGAAUCAAGGUGGUGCAGGUGGUGGUGGGUUCUUUUCGUCGAUCGCGUCAAGUUUUUCCAGUUUUAAGGAGCAUGUUAACGGCUUGCUUGGUUAUGAGGGGCUUGAAGUUAUUGAUCCUGAGGGAAAAGGCACAGAAGAUGCUGAGAUUGAAGCAGAAAGAGGCCGAUGGAAGGGGGAGGAGCGUGACAGUUACUGGAGAUCGAUGCAGAAGUAUGUGGGUGCUGAUAUCACAUCUAUGGUGACUCUACCGGUACUCAUUUUUGAGCCCAUGACGAUGCUGCAGAAAAUGGCAGAGUUGAUGGAAUAUUCCCAACUUUUGGAGCAAGCUGAUAAUUGUGAGGAUCCAUACAUGCGAUUAGUAUAUACAGCAUCCUGGUUUAUAUCAGUAUAUAACGCUUUGCAACGAACCUGGAAGCCGUUCAAUCCAAUUCUUGGUGAAACCUAUGAAAUGGUUAAUCAUUGUGGCAUUACAUUUAUUGCAGAGCAGGUUAGUCAUCACCCUCCCAUAAGUGCUGCACAUGCUGAAAAUGAGCAUUUUGUGUAUGAUAUAACUUCAAAGGUGAAGACUAAGUUUCUUGGCAACUCUCUUGAUGUCUAUCCUCUUGGAAGAACGCGUUUGAAGCUAAAGAAAGAUGGAGUGAUCCUAGAACUAGUACCCCCUCCCACGAAAGUUAACAAUUUAAUAUUUGGAAGGACAUGGAUUGAUUCCCCAGGGGAGAUGGUUUUGACCAACUUGACCACAGGAGACAAGGUUGUCCUGUACUUCCAACCCUGUGGUUGGUUCGGUGCUGGUCGUUAUGAAGUGGAUGGAUAUGUAUAUAACUCCGAUGAAGAUCCUAAGAUACUAAUGACUGGCAAAUGGAACGAGUCCAUGAGCUAUCAGCCUUGUGAUUUGGAAGGGGAACCCCUUGAGGACACUGACCUGAAAGAGGUUUGGAGAGUUGCUGAGGCCCCUGAAGAUGACAAAUUUCAGUACACAUAUUUUGCACAUAAAGUUAACAGUUUUGAUACAGCACCAAAGAAGUUAUUGGCAUCGGAUUCUCGCUUACGGCCAGAUAGAUAUGCACUUGAAAUGGGUGACCUAUCUAAAGCUGGUUCAGAAAAGAGCAUUCUGGAGGAGAAACAGAGAGCCGAGAAAAGGAUUCGGGAGUCGAGGAAUCAGGAAUUCAUUCCAAAAUGGUUUGACAUGACGGAUCAAAUUGCUCCGACACCGUGGGGUGAUUUGGAGAUCUAUGAGUACAACGGGCAAUAUGCAAAACACCGAGCUGCUGCUGAUAAGUCGAGCAGUGUUGAACAGGUUAAUAUCGAAACAAUGGAAUUCAACCCGUGGCAAUUCGGAAACAUAACCGAAAGCGAGUGAAGGAAGGAAAAGAUUCUUUAAUUCUUGACAUAAAUCACAUGUUUGAAUCAUAAGAAGACUCUUAUUAUAUUAAAAAAGAAAUGGUUUGGUUUGAUGAGUUGAGUUGUAGAGGUAAAAGGACCUGAUAUUUGUUAUCUUGAUUAGUAAUUUGUACAAGUCAAGAUUGCAGGAUCAUAAAAGAGUUGUUGAUUGUUUUGUUGAAUCCAAACCGGUUUGAACCGUUUUUGGGAUUUCAAAA